GUUGCCAUAGCUACUCCAGAGAAAGAGAGAGAGAGAAGGCGAGACUGAUCACGUGACCCAGCAAGAUGGCGACUACAAUGCAGAAUGGACUUUGAGUGAUUUAAAUUGUCUGUUUUGUUGGAAAUUUGGAUCUUCUGGAUAACUUCAUAAUAAUCCUCAUCAUCGUAUCACAGAAUCAAGAUGGCCCUAAAUGUUUUUGAUCAUGAUGAAUACCGGCCACCUGUGUGGAAGUCUUACUUGUACCAGCUCCAGCAGGAGGCGCCUCACCCGCGCAGACUCACCUGCACAUGUGAGGUGGAAACCCGACCUAAAUACUAUGGAAGAGAGUACCAUGGGAUGAUCUCAAGGGAAGAGGCCGACCAAUCGCUGAGUCAGGCUGAAGGCAGCUAUCUCAUCAGGGAGAGUCAGAGACAACCGGGCACAUACACUCUGGCUCUAAGGUUUGGGAACCAGACCAGAAACUUCCGUCUCUACCAUGACGGGAAGCACUUUGUUGGAGAGAAGAGGUUCGAGUCCAUCCACGACCUGGUAACGGACGGCCUCAUCACACUCUACAUCGAGACAAAGGCGGCGGAGUACAUCGCUAAGAUGACCAUAAACCCCAUUUAUGAACAUGUGGGAUACACCACUUUGAACCAGGAGCCCACUCUGAAAAAACUCCUUCCUCAAAGCCCCGAGGCCCCGGAUGGACCAGUUCCAGUUAAAGAAGACACGAACGCAGAGGAGAGGCUCACAUCUCUGGUGCGACGGGCCACACUGAGAGAGAGCGACUUAGCGCCCAAAUACGAGAAGAUCCACAACUUCAAGGUUCAUACAUUCAGAGGUCCACAUUGGUGCGAGUACUGUGCCAACUUCAUGUGGGGGCUCAUCGCUCAGGGAGUCAAGUGUGCAGACUGUGGGCUAAAUGUUCAUAAGCAGUGCUCCAAAGUCGUGCCGAACGACUGCCAGCCGGACCUCCGUCACGUGAAGAAGGUCUACAGCUGCGACCUGACGACGCUGGUCAAAGCGCACAACACCAAGAGGCCCAUGGUGGUGGACAUGUGCAUACAGGAAAUCGAGGCGAGAGGUCUCCAGUCGGAGGGUUUGUACAGGAUAUCAGGCUUCAGUGAGCUCAUUGAAGACGUGAAGCUGCACUUUGACAGAGAUGGAGAGAAGGCGGACAUCUCCUCAAAUGCUUAUGAGGACCUGAACAUCAUCACUGGAGCGCUCAAACUCUACUUCAGAGAGCUGCCUAUCCCCCUAAUAACAUACGAUGCAUACCCACACUUCGUAGAAACAGGAAAGAUUACAGAUACGGAAAAACGUCUGGAGUCUCUCCACGAGGCGCUGAAGCUGCUGCCGCCGGCUCACUGCGAGACGCUGCGAUACCUCAUGGGUCACCUCAAGAGGGUGACAGAGUACGAGAAGGACAACCUCAUGACCAGCGAGAACUUGGGUAUCGUCUUCGGACCGACGCUGAUGAGGGCGCCCGGACUAGACGCCAUGAUGGCGCUUAACGAUAUCCGGUACCAGAGACUCGUGAUAGAAACGCUCAUUCGGAACGAGGACGUGUUGUUCUGAGAGGAGAGGAAGGACGGAGAGUGAAAAGAUGGAAGAAGACGUUUUUUUACGAGAUAAUUAGGAAGAAAAAUGGGACUGUUUUGUACGGAGGGAACAAUGAAGCCAUUUGCAAUGAAGGAAUUCAUUAAAUAAAACUUAGUGGAGAAGCUUGGAAGUGUUUCACUUAAACUCAAUCAACAGACUCAAAGUCAUAAAAUGAGGGUAAUUAUGAUUGUGUUAAUGAUCCUAAAAAUAUGUUAAUAGUAGCAUUACCUUGUCUAUCUAGGGCAAAUACUGUGUGCUCCAUCUUUACGUUAAUAUUUUUCUUAAAUGCCUUGACAGUUGACGGAGAAUAAAUCAGAAACUUUAAAAACAUUGGGAUAGCAUUCAGAAGCUUAUAAACGAGCGUUAGAGGUAAACUUGAGUUUGCUUUGUUUCACAUGGUGUCAAAACAUCCCUUGUCUCUUCCUCAAGAGAAGAAGACGUUAUAACAGUAGACAGCUAGAUGAAAAAAGGAAAAAGGGACCCUCAUAUCCAUAAAGCGCACUCGUUCCUCUUACCUUAAGUGACUUGGACCUACUGUGCUUCUAAAAACUCUUUAUUUUACAGCUGAAAUGUAGAAAAACGUGGAAAAAACAACGCAGGCUUUCCUGUUUUGUGUCAUAUUUCAAGCUGUUGUUUGAUGUAAUUACAUGUCAGCGGAUUUAGCGGUACAUUAAAUGGUUUCUGUCACUAUAAAACAAAUUAUAGAGAAGCUUUGGGAACACUUUUAAAUAUCCAAUGGUGAGAAUAUUUAGCUUAAAUUGGCAACUCCACACAAUUCAUUGGCAGAUGGACGUAAAUAUGUGAAACAAUGCUAUGUUUUCUCUUGGUUUGUCAUUUGUAUAAAGCAGUAUUGUAAUGAAGAAGUGUUAAUAAGUACAUUUUGUGCUUGAAAUAAUAAUUUAAAUUGAGAUUUCUUUGCCUGUAUUGUUUUCAAAUGCCACACAGAUGACUUGAGUUUCUUCCAGAUGAUGUUGCUAAUCAUCUGUAACCUGAAGGAGUGUAUUUCACGUUUAUUUUUUAACUUGUGCCAUAUGGAAAGGGAUGCAUGUUAAACCUUACAUUAAACCUCCUUCUCAUUUAAGUCUACCCCCAUUUCUGUCGGGGUUAUGGGGUGUUGCCAGAUGUAACGUAAAAGUUAAAUAAUUUUCUAACAAAAGCUGUUUUUAUUGUAAUUGUUUAGUUUACUUUAUAUUCUACUAACUGCCUAACCCGAUGUGAGCCUUUAUUGAGUUGUUCAUUUUGUCCUCAUGAAAUGUCCUUUUUAUUUUUUACUACUGUCAUUGCUGUAAAGUAUUUUCUAUAUGGUUUAUGCAUGGCAAAAUUAAAUUAUUAAAUAUGGCUCUCA